AUGGUGGAUCCAAACGGGGCGGACCCGACCUUAACGGGCCUUGAAAACAAACGUGUUAUAUAUAAUCAUGAAGCGAGGCAAAAUCAGAACUACGUAACAAACACAUUUGCUACAGAGCGAGCGAGAGAUCCCGAGAAGAACACUAAUUCAACAAUGGCGGAUCAUCACAAGAACUUGAAGAGAUCCCGAGAAGAACUUGAAGCUUCCAACAAUGGCCGAUCAUCACAGAACAAGAUCACUGGAUCUCUUGAUGAAGAGGUAAAGAAUCCAUCUUUAAACUUGGCUCUAGCAACAACUCCAGAGUAUAUCAAACAGAUUGAAUCACCCCAACAACAACAAGAGCAACGUCAACGUCAUGACUCCAACACAACUCCUUCUAGAAAAACAAAAGCUUUGCAUUUUCCAAUCUCAAAGAUCACAAUUGGUGAGUGGACCCGCGAAGCUGUGUACGGGCACGAUCUAAAGGCUAAAAUCUAUUUCGGAAGGAAGAAGAUCAUGUGGGAGUGUCUCCAGGACGAGGUGACUAGGAAGAUUGAGAUGCAAUGGUGUGAUGUCUUGUCUCUUAGAACAUUGUGUCAUCGACAUGAUAACACCGGAAUCAUUUUAGUCGAGUUGAGAAAACCUCCAACGUUCUGGAUAGAGACUAAUGUACAGGCAGGAAAACCCACUCAGUGGCAGCAGCUGGAUCAAGAUUUCACGCUUAAUCACUCUGCUUCUCGUAACAGGUUCUUUUGUUUUUUUUUCGACUUUUUAAUGAAAGUGAUUCCCAAGUCUCACAUGACAUGUUAUAACAGGAUACAUGAACUUGAUUUUGCUCCUGGAGUUAUGCAAGAGAAUAUGACGAAGCUUUUGUCAAGCGAUAGUUAUUGGUCAGAACUGUUCAAAGUCCACUUCCCAACUUCGGAACAUCUUUACUUCGACGACGAAAAACAAAACCCUAUGAGUUUUCCAAUCUCAAAGAUCACAAUUGGUGAAUGGACCUGCGACGCAGUCAACGAGCAAGAUCUCCAGGCCAAAAUCUAUUUCGAAAGGAGGCAGAUCAUGUGGGAGGGUCUCGAAGAUGUAACAACAACAGAAACAACAAGAAAGAUGCAUUGGAAGAUUGAGAUGCAAUGGUGUGAUGUCUUGUCUCUUACACCAUCGUACCAUGCUCAAACCGGAAUCCUUAAAGUCGAGUUGAGAGUACCUCCAACGUUCUUCAUCAAGAGAGAGACUAGUCCACGUUCAGGAAGAACCACUCAGUGGCAGCAGCUGGAUCAAGAUUUCACGCUCAAUCACUCUGCUUCUCGUAACAGGAUACAUACACUUUAUUUUGCACCUGGAGUUCUGCAAGAGAAUAUGAAGAAGCUUGUGUCAGGCGAUAGGUUUUGGUCAGAACUGGUCAAAGUCCAUUUCCCAACUUUGGAGCAUCGUUACUUCGACGACAUUGGCUAUGGAAACAGUAAGAACAACGUAACGGCAACACAGUUCCAUGGUAACCACGAGAGCAGCAACAAUGACUGA